CGGUCACUCUAAAAUACUUUUUCGGCGCAACUCGCACGUUUUCCUUGUAAAUAAAUAAAUAAUAUAUUAAAUCAAAGAUGUUCCGCUUGCAGCAGUCGCAACCCGAUCCCGCCGAGGAGCAAAAGCGCGUGGCCUCCGAGGUCCGCUUCAAUUUCAUCUUAUUUGGAACUAUAAUAGCCGCUGUUCGCCUGGCUCCCGUGGUCCUCAAGCAUUUAAAUACGGCAUAGAAAUAAAAUUAACUAUUAAAAGGAUGAUCAAAGAUGACACAUGAGCGUUUACCUAUGUGAAUACGUUAUCAAUUACCUAGUUGUUCAAGAAAUUCUAGCAAAAUCCUAUGCAACUGGCACGCGAAAUGCAUUUAUUUAAGAGCACUUUGACCCAUUUGAUUGUGUUUACAGUUUAAAUCGAAGGCAUAUUUAAUGUUUGGUGACUGUCGAGCAGAUGAAAGGGAAUAAAAAACAAGAAACGUAAAUUACAA